AUGGCUUUUGCUACUGGUCUUAAUCAGAAAGCAAAUUACAUAGAGAUGGCUUAUGUUGCUGUGAUUUCUCUCGUACAAACUCUGAAGCAACUCCCGCAACUAAAUCCGCCAUGGAUAAGUGAUGAAGCAGAAAUAAUAGUGCACUCUCUCCUUUCUAGUCUUGAAUAUUUCCAAGACUUUCUUAAGAAGAGAAGUCAGCACACUGAAAAGGAUGAAGAGUCGGAGAGAGAGAUUAAAAGUGUAGUGAAUGAAAUAGAAGAUGUGAUUGAACUAAAUAUUAAUGAAACAAUGGAAAGAAAGGCAUUUGACGAAACCUUGUCUCCACUUGUAGAAAAAAUAGAUGCUCUGAAGAGGAACAUGAAACAAAGUGGUUUUGCUACAAGUGAAGUUCAAGGCUAUGGUGAGGAUUGCAAACAGUUUGGGAAUGGGGGGAUAGGAAAAACCACCCUUGCCAAAAAGGCAUUUGAUGAUCCAGAAAUCAGGCAUCGCUUUGACAUCCAUGUUUGGGUCACAGUAUCUCAAGAAUACCAAAUUAGAGACUUGUUGUUAGGUGUUCUUUCUAGUCCUACAAAUGAUAUCAAAGAAGUGUCUGAUAAUCAGUUGAUGGAUAUGAUAUACAAAAAGUUUAAGGGUCGGAGGUAUCUUGUGGUAAUGGAUGAUAUUUGGAGUAAUGAUGUCUGGGAUCUUAUGACAAGAACUUUUCCAGACGACAACAAUGGGAGUCGAAUUAUUUUGACUAGUCGGCUUAAAGAUCUGGCUAUUCAUGCUGACCCUGACAGCAUUCCUCAUGAGAUAAGCCUCUUGAAUUUAGAUCAAAGUUGGAAGUUACUUCAUGAGAAGGUGUUUGGGGCAGAACAUGAGGUUUGUCCUACUGAACUAAAGGAUAUCGGUAAGCAAAUAGCACAAAAAUGCCAAGGACUACCUUUAGCUCUUCUAGUGGUUGCGGGGCAUCUCUCUAAAAUUGCUAGAACACGAGAAAGUUGGGAACGUGUUGCCAAAAGUGUAAGUAAAGUUGUUGCUCAUGAAUCAGAUAUAUGUCUAGGAGUGCUUGCUCUGAGUUACAAUUACUUACCUAAUCAUCUUAAACCAUGUUUCCUUUAUAUGGGAGUUUUCCCAGAAGAUAGUGAGGUUAACGUUGAGACAUUGAUCAACUUAUGGGUUUCUGAGGGUUUUCUAUUGGAAGAAUUUGUGGGAAAAGAUUGUUUGGAGGAUCUUGUUAGUAGGAAUCUGAUAAUGGUUAGAAAGCGGAGAUUUGAUGGCGAGGGGAAAACAUGUGGCGUCCAUGAUCUGAUUCGUGACUUGAUUUUAAGAGAAGCUAAGAAGGAGAAGUUCAUACAGGUUAAUAGAACUCGAGAAGCCACCAAGUCUUGGGCAAAAAAGCUUCAUGUUUGUCGCUACAGCUUCCAUUCGUACAUAUAUCAGGAUGAUCGCUGGCAGUCAUCAUCCAGUGUUCUCACCCGAACUGUGCACUUCUUCCAUGGAUUAGAAACACCUUCUAUACAAGUUCCUCUUUUGACGCGCUUCAAACUGCUAAGAGUGUUGGCUAUCCUUAGUGUUACGUUUCAAAAUUUCCUACUAGAGAUAACAAAAUUAGUACAACUCAGAUACCUUCAAUUCACUUGUCAUGAUGAUAUUCACUGGUCAGUGUCAGCGCUUUAUAAUCUGCAAACGUUCAUUCUCGGUCACCUAGUUGAAGGGUUAUCACCUCCAACUCUACCUCCGGGAAUUUGGCUAAUGAAAAAUUUACGACAUCUUCAUGUCAGUGACUUCUUUUCUUUUCCUAUUCCAUCAAACAAGCUACAAUAUCUGGAGGGACUUUCAUGCCUAGCUUUGUCCAGCUGUACUUCUGAAUUAUUUUCUGCUAUCCCAAAUCUUAAGAAGCUAAAAGUUAUUGGAAAUUAUCUGAUGGAAAUGAUGGGAGAGCGCCUAAGUAGCCUUUCCUGUUUAAAAGAACUUGAAAUGUUGAAGUUCAAGGGCGACGGGCUACAACUUUCCCGAAUCUCAAGUAAGUAUGCUUUGCCUAUAUCGCUGAAGAGCUUGACGCUAAGUCAUACUUAUUUACCAUGGGAAGACAUGGCGAAUAUUGUAACGUUGCCAAACCUCGAAGUGCUUAAAAUUAAAUACCAUGGAUUUGAUGGCGAUGUAUGGAGAUUAAAUGAUGAAGAGACUUUCAAUCAACUGAAGUUCCUACUAAUCAGUUGGACAGAUCUGAAGCAAUGGGAAGCUGGUAGUGUUAACUUCCCAAAGCUGCAACGCCUACUUCUGGAAAGAUGCAUGAACUUGGAGGAAAUUCCUCAAGACUUUGGCGAAAUCUGUACGUUGAAGUCAAUAGAGUUAAACGGUUGCAGUAUAUCUGCUGCAAAAUCCGCCGAAGCAAUUCGAGAAGAGCAAGAGAGCAUGGGGAAUGAUUGCCUCAAUGUCGUCAUCUAUAAUCAUCGGUAA